CACACCCCCCCACCCCACGGUCAGGAUGGUCGCCGUCACCGCCACCUCGGGCUCUCCCAAAGUCCUGCUGAUCCCCGGAGGGAAGCAGAACGGCUUCGACAUCGGCCGCCACCUCUCGGUGCUGUACUCCAGCAGCGCCUCCGGACCGGACGCCGGUGACCCGUCGCCCCCGGGGCUGGGGGCCGGCCACCCGCACAGGAAACGGCAGCGACUCACCCACCUCAGCCCCGAGGAGAAAGCAUUGAGGAGGAAAUUGAAAAACAGAGUUGCUGCUCAGACAGCCAGAGACAGGAAGAAAGCUCGAAUGUCUGAGCUGGAGCAGCAGGUGAUCGAUCUGGAAUCUGAGAACCAGAAACUUGAGAUCGAAAACCGUCUCCUCCAUGAAAAAACACACAGUCUCCUGACCGAGAAUCAGGAGCUGCGACAGAGACUAGGAAUGGAAGUACUUGAUCCCGAAAAGGAAAAGGUGCUUCUCCAGGCCAGAGUGGAUGAGAUGAGCCUGGCGGCCGGGUCAGCUGAGAGCAGUACUCAGACUAUGUGUGCCUCUGCAGCAGGUGCAGGCCCAGCUGUCGACCAGGAUGAUUGCUUCCACAUGGAUACUGACAGCAUUGACUCUUCAGACUCUGAGUCUGAUCUAUUCCUUGGGAUCCUGGAUUACUUUGAUCCAGAAACCUUGCUCCGAUUCAGUGAAGAGGAGUCCAGAUCGUUCACAGACCUGGGGGAAUAUACCAACACCAAUGGUUGCUUUGCUAAUGGUUCCUUACCAACCUCCACCGCUCCCUCUCUGGGGGCCCCAUCGACAAAGCUGGAAGCCAUUAAUGAACUGAUCCGCUUCGACCAUUUUUACCACAAGCCUCUGGCUGAGGCUGGCUUAGUAGAGAGCAGCGAAACUGCUGUGAAGAUCGAGGAAGCAUCUCUCAGUACUGCGGAAGAAGACAAUGAACCAGUCCAAAUCGAGCUCAAGUGCGAGCCAUUGGAAGAUGAAUUCAUCACCGAACUGGGACUCAAAAAUAUUCUUUCAUCCGAGCAGAAUCCAGAAAAACCCAAAUGCCCCUUAGAUUCCUACAGCGACUCUGGCUACGAGGAAACUGCAUCCCCUCUCAGCGACAUGUCAUCUCCGUUGACCCUGGAGAACAGCUGGGAGGACACUUUCACCAGUGAACUCUUCCCUCAGUUAAUAGCUGUCUAACCCCUAGGCUGACUCUCCUAGGCUUGGUUCAUACCGAGCCGAAUUCAAUCCCUGUGCCCCCCUCAAACCAAAUUGAUUCACAGUGACGAGCCCUUGGUUAUCAAUGUGCUUUUGUGUUUCUGCCUUCACUUCCCCCACCCCUCCCCUCCCCCCCCUCCCAGCCACAUCCACAUAACUUGCACAUGCCCCGAGUUAAAAGCAAACCAACUGAAAAGAUCAGCCUGCAUGGUAUUGUCCACAAAGACAUUCCGUGCAGUGUGUCAGCCUUGGGGCUAUCUCAGACCAGAUGCUCUUGAGCAAGUGACCAAAGGACCCCCUGUAGGCAUGGAUUAUUUGACUCAAUGUGUGUCCUCCUCCCAUGCCUCGAUAUUGCCUUCCUUGAAUGGUAUCCAUAAGCCUUUGCAUUUCCCUAUUGUAAAUUGUCCCAGUAUUUUGCAUUCAGAUAGUUGGACAUACACUGUGUUAUAAUGCAGUAUAUUUUGGCCCCUAUUAAAGAUAGUUCGUUCCAUGUACAUAGAUACAUACCAUGUGCUUGAUCUAUUUUUGUGUAAUUAAAAUUUACUAUGUAAAUGCUUAUAACCGUCUUCAUUUCCCUCUUCCCCCUCCUGCCACCCCCCCAGCCCCCACCACCCCCACUUGAUUCUUGCCGUAUGUAACUGUUCAGAUGCUUUCUCAAUUUUUACUAUUUAAAGUUGUGCAAUUAAUAAAAAAAACAAAAAAAAAUGUGCAAUGAA